AUGGAAAAAGAAGAAGAAUUAAAGUCGAUUUUUAAAAUGAUCAAAACAGAAUUGAUUGAUUCCAAUAAAUAUCCACCCAAAAAUAUUAUAGAAGACAUUUUAUAUAUCAUUCUGUAUAACAAUCGCUAUGCAAAGUCAUAUUUAUUUCUUGCCAAACUGUUUAUUGAUGAAUAUCAUGUGGAAGAAGUCAGCGAUCCCACAUUUAUCCCAAGCGUCAUGUUUUAUAGAGAAUAUGGAAUUAAAAUAGACAAAUCUUUUGAUUUAGGAGAAGAUGAUUUAAUAAAUCCUGACAUUCAUACAGAAGAUACAAUUUACAGAGCAAUUAUGAAUAAUGACUUAGAAAAAUUCAUCAUAUUCACUGGGAUCGAUGAAUUUUAUAAAGAUCAAAGACUUAUUAGCAAUUUAUAUCCAGGUACUUAUGAAGGAUAUUCAUUACUUGAAUUAUGUUGUUACCAUGGGGCAGUUGAUUGUUUUAAGUUAUUAAGAACGAAAUUUAACUCAGAAAUAACUCAAACAUGUCUUCAAUUUUCAUUUUUAGGUGGAAACAAAGAGAUAAUGAGUGAAUGUUUGAAAUAUCAAACACCAGAUGAAAAAUGCAUGAAAUAUGCAAUUAUUUCACACAACAUUGAUUUUGUUACAUUCUUGAUGAAUGAAUACAAUAUAGAGAUCGAUUUAGAAAUUUGUGGACUUUACAAAAAUCUUGAAUCCUUUUUAGUUUAUUUCGAUCAAACUAAUGAUAUAAACAAAUGUUUUGUUUAUUCAUAUAUUUUUAAUAUUCGAUCCCUUAUCGAAUACUUCCUUUCACAUGGUGCAAAUGUCAAUGAAAAGGAUAAUAAUGAUCUCAACGCGCUUAAUAAUGCAGCAUGGAAAAAUUGUAAUGAAACAGCCGAAGUUCUUAUUUCACAUGCUAUAAAUAUCAAUGAAAAAGAUCAAGACGAAAAAACAGCUCUUCAUUAUGCAGCAUGCAAAAAUAGUAAAGAAACAGCCGAAGUUCUUAUUUCACAUGGUGCGAAUAUCAAUGAAAAGGAGCAAAAUAGAGAAACCGCUCUUCAUUAUGCAGCACUCCAAAAUAGUAAAGAAAUAGCUGAAGUUCUUAUUUCACAUGGUGCGAAUAUCAAUGAAAAAGAUAUAUAUGAAAGAACCGCUCUUCGUUAUGCACCAGAGAAUAAUGGUAAAGAAAUAGCCGAAGUUCUUAUUUCACAUGGUGCGAAUGUCAAUGAAAAAAAAAAUAAAAGUGGAGAAACAGCACUUCAUAUUGCAGCAAAAUAUAAUAGUGAAGAAACAGCCGAAGUUCUUAUUUCACAUGGUGCGAAUAUCAAUGAAAAGGAGCAAAAUGGAGAAACCACUCUUCAUUAUGCAGCACUCCAAAAUAGUAAAGAAAUAGCUGAAGUUCUUAUUUCACAUGGUGCGAAUAUCAAUGAAAAAGAUAUAUAUGAAAGAACCGCUCUUCGUUAUGCACCAGAGAAUAAUGGUAAAGAAAUAGCCGAAGUUCUUAUUUCACAUGGUGCGAAUGUCAAUGAAAAAAAAAAUAAAAGUGGAGAAACAGCACUUCAUAUUGCAGCAAAAUAUAAUAGUGAAGAAACAGCCGAAGUUCUUAUUUCACAUGGUGCGAAUAUCAAUGAAAAGGAGCAAAAUGGAGAAACCACUCUUCAUUAUGCAGCACUCCAAAAUAGUAAAGAAAUAGCUGAAGUUCUUAUUUCACAUGGUGCGAAUAUCAAUGAAAAAGAUAUAUAUGAAAGAACCGCUCUUCGUUAUGCACCAGAGAAUAAUGGUAAAGAAAUAGCCGAAGUUCUUAUUUCACAUGGUGCGAAUGUCAAUGAAAAAAAAAAUAAAAGUGGAGAAACAGCACUUCAUAUUGCAGCAAAAUAUAAUAGUGAAGAAACAGUCGAAGUUCUUAUUUCACAUGGGGCGAAUGUCGAUGAAAAAAAUAAAAGUGGAGAAACAGCACUUCAAUAUGCAACAUUUGAACAUAGGAAAGAAACUGCCGAACUUCUCAUUUCACGUGGUGCCAAAGAACAAUGUUCUUACAUAAGAUACUAUUCUUUAUUUUUCUUGAAAUUUCGAAGAUUGAUUUGA